UGAUUACCCCCUCCUUCAGUGCGGUACGCGCUCGGCGCUACACGUGCGAAGUUCGAUGUUUAAUUCUAUUCGAUUGUCGUGGAGAAAGUGAUUAGUUAUCGCCAUUUCAUCUUGGAAUAAUUCAAAAUAAAAGUUGUGGUCAAUCAUUUUUUUUCAAAUCUACGAACAUUGUAUGUUCAUGAAUCAUCGAUGAUACGAUAGAAAGGGCAACCUAACCUCGAACGGGCUGUACUUCUGUCAUUCUCAUUCCAUCGCUGCUACAUAUCUUUUUAUAUGGAUAAUAAUUGCGCGAAAACAACGACAAUGUUGUCGUUACCGCAGAAAAAAUAUUAUCGACAACGAGCUCACUCCAAUCCGAUUGCUGAUCACUGCAUAGAAUAUCCUAGAAAACCUGAGGACAUGGACUGGACUUCGCUCUAUCCGGAUCACUUUUCGGAAAAGAAAACUGACCAAAAUUUCACAAGUGUCAAAGAUGUACAGUUUGCUGACAUUGGCUGCGGCUACGGCGGUUUAUUAGUCACCCUAUCACCAAUGUUUCCUGAUAAUCUGAUACUUGGAAUGGAGAUCAGAAUCAAAGUGUCCGAUUAUGUGAUGGAUCGAAUAGCAGCUUUGAGGUCACUGAAUCCAGGGAAAUAUGGAAAUAUCGCAUGCUUAAGGACAAACGCAAUGAAGUACUUGCCAAACUACUUUCGUAAAGGACAGUUGAAAAAAAUGUUUUUCUUGUAUCCAGACCCUCACUUCAAGAAAGCAAAACACAAGUGGCGCAUCAUCAACAAAACUCUACUAGCUGAGUACGCCUACGUUUUAGCUCAAGAAGCUAUUGUCUACACUGUCACAGAUGUAAAAGACUUACAUGACUGGAUGGUUCAACACUUCGAAGAUCAUCCACUUUUCGAACGAAUAAGCAAAGAACAAUUGAAAACGGAUCCGAUUGUUGAGAAAUUAUACGAGAGUACCGAAGAAGGACAGAAAGUGACGAGGAACAAAGGUGAUAAAUAUCUUGCCGUAUUUCGACGAAUCGCGGAUCCAUACAUGAAUGUGGCGAGCUAACAAAAUAUCAAAUUUGAAAAGGUUUGAUAUUCUUAGCCCAAAGAUUCGUUGUAAGAGAAUUUCGGUAUUCGAGAGCUUGACAUAAAUAUGAAAAAAAUGUGGGCUUUUUGCGACUAAGUGCCGAAAUUCUUUUGGAAUGAAAUGUUUGAUUAAAAGUGAAUUCAAAGCCUGAACAUUGAAUAUAUUCCAUAAAAGACGAGUCUGUUGAUUGCUUUUUUCAACGAUUACAAUAAGCUGUUUUUAUUGAUAAAGAAAAAACGUAAUAAAUACGUCAAAACAUUGGUUCGACGAGA